AUGAGUCUGUGGAAGCAAACCCCUAGUGACUUCCUAAAGCAAAUUAUCGGAUGUCCAGUUGUGGUAAAAUUAAGUUGUGGAGUGGAUUAUCAAGAGGUCCUGGCUUGCCUGGGUGGCUACGUGAAUACAGCUCUGGGGCAGACAGAAGAGCAUGUAAAAGGACAACUGCAGGAUAAGCAUGGGGAUGCAUUUAUCCGAGGAAACAAUGUGUCGUACAUAAGUACACGGAAGAGAAAAGACACCAAGGGAACAAUACUUUUCAUAGUUGGAUAUAUUUCUUAUGAAUUUUUUUUUCUGUUUUUUGGUUCUUUUAUGAUGUAA